CGUGACUAGUUUUUUUUUGGGAGAUGAUAGAUCGAUGGCGGCAAUUCUGCCUGCAUCGCCUUCCCCGUACAUCUACUGCGUCUUGUUUUAUUUUUCUGCGGCCGUUUUCUGCGUCGUACACACUUCAAGCUAAGAAGAAGAACAUGCCUCCCAAGAAGGCUCCUGCUGCAGAGAAAAAGGUAUUGCUUGGUCGUCCAAGCAAUAACUUGAAGAUCGGCAUCGUUGGUCUUCCGAAUGUUGGAAAGUCAUCUUUCUUCAAUGUUCUAUCCGACACCGAUUUGGGAAAGGCUGCCAACUUUCCAUACGCAACAAUCAACCCAGAAGAAGCGCGCAUCCCCGUGCCGGAUGUGCGUUUUGAUUGGCUUUGCGAUCUGUACAAGCCCGCCUCGCGCGUGCCUGCUUUCCUCACUUGCAUUGAUAUUGCAGGUCUUACUGCAGGUGCAUCAACAGGUGCAGGGCUUGGAAAUGCGUUCUUGUCUCACGUUCGCGCUGUCGAUGGUAUCUUCCAGGUCGUCCGUGCCUUUGAUGACGCCGAAGUCAUCCAUGUAGAGGGCGAUGUUGACCCUCUUCGUGACAUGGAGAUCAUUCAGACCGAGCUUCGCCUCAAGGAUAUUGAAUGGGUCGAGAAGCACCUUGACGGCCUCAAGCGCUCUGGUCGAUCGCUUGGCAACAACAGUUUGGCGGAUAAGGCUAGGAAAGAAGAAAUCGCAACAGUUGAGAAAAUCUACAAGGCCCUUACCGUCGAUGGCAAGGAUGUCAGGAAGUGCGAGUGGAACAAUAAAGAGAUCGAGGUCGUGAACGGCCUUACCCUACUGACCGCCAAGCCUAUCACUUACCUCGUCAAUCUCAGCGAGAAGGACUACAUCCGCAAGAAGAACAAGUGGUUAGCCAAGAUCAAGGGCUGGAUUGAUGCACACAACCCCGGGGACCCUCUCAUCCCCUUCUCUGUAUCACUGGAGGAACGUCUUGCGCAACUUCCAGACGAUGAGCGUGCUGAGGCUCAAAAGGAACCGGGAACACAGAGUGCCCUCGGAAAGAUAACACAGGCGGGGUACUCCAGUCUUGACUUAAUCCGUUACUUCACCUGUGGACCUGAUGAAGUGCGUGCAUGGACGAUUCGCAAGGGGACAAAGGCGCCUCAGGCGGCCGGUGUUAUUCACUCGGACUUUGAGAACAAGUUCGUUUGUGGUGAAAUCAUGACGUACGAGGACCUCAAGGAGAAUGGAAGCGAAGCUGCUGUGAAGGCUGCAGGUAAACUGAGACAGCAAGGCAAGCCUUAUGAGAUGGUGGACGGAGAUAUUGCUUACUGGAAAUCUGGUUAAUUCGACGGAUGGUCAAGAAGUUGGCGCUGUUGUACGUUGCAUACAUACUUGUGCUAGAUGAGGCAAGUAAGAUAAUCGCUUUGUUUGAUGAUCGAUGUUUUGUGAAGAAUCCUGAUGUCACAUUGGGGUCACGUCGCUUCUC